ACAAAAGCAGUUAGCGAUGAACUGAGACAUCCAGUCCUAAUGGUUUUCUUGUGCCGUCAACAUGGGAAAUAGACGAGGACUUUUGACCCUUGGAAUAUUGUGUACACUUACUGCGGUAGUUUAUGCCGAUAAGUGUCGCUCUGGUUGCCAAGGAGCUUCAAGUGGAUUUUUCAAGUAUGAAGAAGGAGCCAGCUACAAAUACAAAUUGGAUGGUGCCACAGUCACCACGGUGGCUGGAGCACAGGGAGAUGUAAGCAAGGUCACCAUUACAGCUGAUGUCCAAGUGAGCGUCGCACCCCAGUGCUCUUAUGUCCUUAAGGUCGCCAACGUUCAGGUCAACGGACCUGACGGCAAGGCGUACAACGGACUAGGUGACCUGGAAGCACACCCGGUGAAGUUCAGUCUGAACGAUGGCCGCAUCGAGAACGAGGUCUGCUCGGAAGAGGGUGAUUCACACGAGGCGCUUAACAUCAAGCGAGCCAUCAUCUCGCUCUUCCAGGCAUCCGUGCACAAGGACAGUGGUGUCACCACUCACUACGAGACUGAUGUGUUUGGCGUGUGCCCGACUGACUUUGAAUUCUCCAAGUCUGGCAACUCUCACCGCAUCAAGAAGACGAGGAACCUGAACCAAUGUGCGCACCGCGAAAUCCUCAACUUCCCAGUCAUCUCUGCUUCCUACAGUCUCAACUCGGCUUUCCAAUCAUCACCGAUUCUGUCGUCCAGUCUGAAGGUGGAACAGCAAAUCAAAGAUGGCGUCCUCGAGAGUGCCGUCAGUGACGAGAAGUACUACUAUCAGCCGCAUUUGUCCAUCGACUCUGGCGCCACUGUCGCUGUCAAGACUAAACUCACUUUUGUAUCCAAGGCCAAGGGAGCCAUUUCAGCCGCUGCCAACAAGCCAUCGACUCUGAUCUUCUCCGCACCCCUGCACAGUGACCCGUCCUGUUCGGCCGACACGAUUCAGAAGGCAUUGGCUGCUGCCGAGAGCUCGACCGAACCACACAUCAGGCCAUCAGCUGCCUCCGACUUUGCCAACCUGGUUGAGGUGAUCAGUCGAGCCAACAAGGCAGACAUUGUCAGUGUAUACAAUGCGGCUAAGGGCAAGGAGACCUCCAAGAAACUUCUGUUGGAUGCCAUCACCCGUGCCAGCAAUGGAGACGCCGUUGAAGUCAUGGCAGAACUUGUCAAGGGCAACGAACUCUCCGAACUUCAAAAGGGAUUCUGGAUUCUCAACCUUGGAUUUGUCAAGCAUGUUACCAAGGCCUCACUCAAGGCUGUCAUUCCUCUUCUUGACAACGCACCCCACAUCGCCUACCUGGGAAUCGGUUCCUUCGCCGGCCGUUUCUGCAACCUGCAUGAUUGCCAGAAUGUACCUGAAUUCAAGGAGCUGCUCUCCAAACUGGCCGCACCAGUCUUUGCUGGCUGCAAGGUCGAUUCUAUUGAGAACGAGAACAAGUUGAUCGCCAGCCUGAAGGGUCUUCACAACGUGCACCAUCUGACCGACGAGGUUGCCGGCAAACUGGCCGCCUGUGCUCAGGACAAGUCUGUCAAGACCAGGAUUCGUGUCGCUGCUUUGGAGGCUUUCCAGAGUGAUGCCAGCAAGAGCAAGAUCAGAGAAGCGUCAAUCGCCAUCUUGAAGGAUCUUUCCGAAGACUCUGAAAUCCGUAUCAAGGCCUACCUGUCACUGGUCGAGUGUCCGUGCAACAAGGUUGCUGACGUCAUCAAGAAUGUACUAGAUAACGAGAAGAGCAACCAAGUCGGUAGCUUCAUAGUGUCGCACCUCCGCAACGUUCGCGCCUCGACCAACCCAGACAAGGCGCAUGCCAAACACUUUUUGGGCGCGAUCCACACCGGCAACAAGUUCCCCAUUGAUGUGCGCCGCUUCUCCACCAAUCACGAGCUGUCUUACAGUUUGGACGCUGUCAACGUGGGUACAGCAGCCGAAGCCAAUGUCAUCUUCUCAGAGCAGUCGUUUGUGCCACGUUCGGUCAAUCUCAAUCUCACCACACAGGUCUUUGGACAUGCUUUCAAUUUGUUCGAGGUUAACGCACGUUCCGAAAACAUCGACUACCUACUGGAGAAAUACUUUGGACCGAAAGGCUACUUCCCCACUCACAAUCCGCACGACAUUUUUGACACGGUUGCCAAGACCUCCAAGUCGCUCGCCGACAAAAUCAAGGAAAGAUACGAAAACACCAUCAGACCCAAGAGGAGCAUUCAGGAGCAGACUUCUGCUUUCGCCAAGAACGUUGUUGUUGGCGGUGUUGACUCUCACGACAAGAACCUGGACAUUGAUCUGUCGCUGAAGAUGUUCGGAGCCGAGGUGGGUUGGUACACCUACACCGGAAGCAGCAAGAAGUUCGACAUGUCCUUCAUUGACAACAUCUUCAACAAGGUUGACUCAUCACUCGACAAGGCUAAGAACUUUGACAUUGACUACAAGAAACACGCCACAUUCCUGGACGCAGAGGCAAUCUACCCGACCGGUCUGGGUUUCCCGCUGAAGGUGAGCACCCGAGGUAGCAGUGCCAUGCGACUCAAGGUCGACGGCAAGUUUGAUCUGCCCGCCAUGCUCAAGGACCCCAAGAACGCCAACCUCGACUUUGAACUUAUUCCCAGCGCUGCCAUCGAACUGAGCGGUCAACUGACCUUCGACGCGUACGUGGUGGAGUCCGGCGCCCGCAUUGCUGGCAACAUCCACUCGGCCACCGGGUCGUCGGUGAGUGUGCGUCUGCUCGAGGGCCGUGGCGUCGACGUCAAGUUCGGUCUGCCCGUCAAGAAGCAGGAGGUUGUCAACUUCAAGUCACACUACCACACUGUCAGCCGCGAGCGUGGACACAUGCGCGUCGAGACGCCUAUCAAGUUCAGCGCUAGGAAACAAGAAUACAAGGGCUGCUUCGAUCAGCUGGAGGAGCUGAUUGGUCUGACUUUCUGCGGCGACGUGAGCUUCCCCUGGGACGGCAAGAAGGCGCUAAGCCCCGCCUACGGCACCACCACACUCUCCGCUCGCAUCGAGAAGGAUGACGACUCCCUCACCACAUACCACUUCAAGGCCUACUUGAACAACAAAGAUCCAAACAAGGCCGAAUUUGAAAUCCUUCUGGACACACCCAACUCAAAGACUAACAGGAAGAUCUCGUUCAACCUGGACCUGGCUCAAGCACCCAACAAGCGUCUCAGUGCCGUUCUCACCUCACCAUGGAAGGCACUAUCGCUUGAAGGCCAAAUCACCAACACCGACAAGGAAGGCUCAGUUUUCGUGAAGAUCGUGCACGACGGAACCGAGUACUACGCCAAGGCCGGAGUCAACAUUGACGGAGACGAGAACCACAAGACGCUGAAACCCAUGCUCGAGUACAAGGCUCCCGAGUUCGAGAUGAAGAAGAAGGGUCUCAUUGGAUUCAAGGGAGGCAAAGCCGACAAGGGUCAGAAGGCCGUUGCUGUUGAAGGUAUAAUCAAACUGGACAAGGACCCGGCCAGCGGUAAGCGUACCUACACUCUGCAAUCGGUGAAAGUGUCAACCGGUCGCAACCAGUUUGUGUUUGACGGCACCCUCGUGCAUGACGACACCCACCUUGACACCGACCUGAAGGUGUCCGCCGACAAGGAGGUGUACAAGAUUGUGUCAAAGUUGGCGAAGACAAUCUCGGCCACUGAGAAGGCGGGCAGUGCCUACAUUGAGUUUACACCCACUCAGAGUCCCGACCUUGGGUUGGUUGUUGACUGGACCGACCUUGGUUGGUGGUUGAUGGAAGGGCAAGAAGACCCCCCUACACUGUUGAAUCUUCAGGCUAAAGUGCUGGAGAACAGUGUUGAACUCCAUGCCAAACGCGAGAUCCCCAGCGACACCAAGUCGAAGCUGACCAACUGGCUGGAGAUCAAGCCGGGCGGCAAGUAUGUGUUCAACGCCAAUGUCAUCCACAACUUCAAGCGAGAAAACUUCCACAAUCACAUCAGCGCUGACAUCAAAAUGCCCACUGAUCCCAAGUCGGCCAAGUUGGAAGCUGGAAUCAAGAACAACAAGAAAGAGUUUUCGGCUGAGUUGAACGCGGUUGCAGGAAGCAAGAAAUACGUUGAAUUCGAGGUGGCCGUUCAGAAGACCAAGCCACAGGGAUCGUUCAAGGCCAACCUACCUCCUAACUUCGAGAGUCAGGGCAGCUACACGGCUGACAGCGGAAAGGGUAGUGGAUCGUUUAUGCUCCACUUCCCUCGCAAGGAAAGGAAGAUUGAGGGUAAGAGUGAAAUCAGUUACGGCAGCAACAAGUACAAGGGAUUCGUUGACAUCUGCUGGGACGCCAUUAAGAACCCAUCCAAGAGCCUCAAGAUUGAAACCGACUCUGAAAUCAAGUCCAAGUUCAUCAACUCUGACAACACAAUCACCUACCUGGGCGACCAGAAGACCAAGUUGCACUUCAAGGGCAGUGUUGCCGAGAAGCCAGAUGAGGAGGCACUACAGACUGAGGCUGAGCUGGUGUUGCCCAGUGGCCGCAAAUACAGCGGCAAGUACUUCGGCAAGUACUCGCAUCAGGCCGAUGACUACAACGCAGAGGUCGACACUGAGUUCAGUCACCAGCCGCCGCAGGGCACUGCUUGCAAGAUCGCUUUCAAGGCUAACGCUAAGAACAUCAACGCAGCCAAGAGGACAAUUGACGGACAGGCUACUUUCAGCAUGGUUGACCCCGAAGGCAAGGACCUGAAGGCUCACACCGUUCUCAAGAAGGCACUCAACGGAGACAAAUGGAUCAUUUUGGCUCAGGGUUCAGUUUCGGGCAGCAAGAUCAAGUACCCAGUCAGCGCCAAAUUCGACUCUGAAGUAUCGGACCAGUUCCUGCGUUCGGCCUACGUGUCAUCCGACCACUCGUUCUCGCCCGCUUCCUAUCAGAUGUCGGCCUCAGUUGGCAACGAGAUCUCGGUGGCCAGCAACGGAAAGGUCAACGGUCAUCAGAUGAACCAUGACCUUGAGGUCAAACUGCCAGCUGAGUACAACAUCAAGUCGUUCAAGUGGGCAUCGACCAACUACUUCGACCCCGCUGAGAAGAUCAAGAUGACCAACGCACUGAACUGGAACGAUAACAAGUUCUUCAAGAUCGCCGCCGAAGGUAACCGCGAGGCGAACGGUCUGGCGGGCAAGCUGGAAUGGGAGAGCGACGCCAAGUCGCAGCGAACUCUGACCGCCAACGUUCACUACCAGCCGACCGCGUCGGGUGACCGCGCGUUCGACGCCGCUGUCAAGCUGGCCUAUGAGGGCAAGGUGGCCGACGUCAACGUGAAGGCCGAAUACGCCAAGGCUAGCGAAACUGCGCAGGUUCACCUGAACGGUAACUUGCCGCAGCAGGGCAAAUUCGACAUCUCUGUCAAGAAUAAGGCAACACCAGGAGGCAAGGGCUUCCAGACCGACAUCAGUCUGAAUGUGAACGAGAAGAAGAUCACGGUGACGAACCACGUGGAGCUGGACCCUGAGAACCCUCUCGUUGACCUGGUGGCCGAACACCCCCAGGGCAAGUCCAAGGUCUAUGUCAAGUUGGAGAAGAAGGGACAACGUCACUGGGCCGGAGAGAGCAAGGUUGUGUGGGUCGGAAACGGCGGUGGUAGCCUAGCGAUUGACGGUGAGGCUCAGUACGAGUCAAUCGACGACUUCUUCAUCAAGAUGAACGCCGACAGCCCCAAGCUGAAGAUUGACAAGUACAACGUGGAAGUCGCCAACAAGAACAAGGGUGCCAAGAAAGUUGUCACCUUCCAGGCCAAAAUGGCCGAUAAGACUCUGUUCUCCGGCAAUGCUAACUACAAUUUCAAGGAUGACGGCAAGACCAAGACAGUCGACGGAACGGGCAGCAUCACAAUUGGUGACCAGACGCAUCCACUCAAAUUCAAGUACACCCGCGACAGCCUAACAGCUGAUAGCGACGGUGAAGAUGGAAACACCAUCAAGGUCAACGUAGGUUACGGCAAGAGUACUUUCGACGUCUACAGCAAGAUGACAGCCACCGUUUUCCACAUUAAGCGCACCUACUGCAAGGAAGCCGGCUCCGACUGUUCCAAGGCUGAGAUCUUCUCCAAGGUCAAGAAGUACAGUCUGCAGGACUACGAGUAUGAGUUCAACGUGAACCUGGAUUUGAGCAAGAUUUUCAAGACCACCGACGAUCUGAGUGUAAAAAUCACCACUAAGCGCAACGGAUUCAUUUUGGAUCACAACUUUGAACUGCAGAGGAACCCCGAGAGCAAGAUCAAGUACCACAUCUUCAUUCAGCCGAACCAGGCUGGUGCCGUCCUUACCCUUCCCAAGCGCACAGUGGCCGCCGAAGUGAAGUACGAACUGCCCAAGAGCCAAAAGAAGUUGGGCGUGGUUGUGCUGGAGGCAUCACUCUGGUUGAACAAGGAGAAGGCACCGCAAGAGAAGACCUCUCUGUCGUUCCAUGCCGAUGUGGCCAAGAGCGGCGAGGGUGGAUCGUUCAGUGGUGAACUCAAGGCUAGCCAUCCUGCUCUAGGAAAGGACCUCGUGAUUUCUGGACACACUACCAUCUUCGACAACUGGAACAAGAUUGUUGACGCCAAACUGGAAAUCGACGUUUUCGCCAAGAAGGAGCAGAAGGUCACCGUCCACUACAAGACCGUCAAGUCCAAGGAGAAGGAAUCGUUCAGCGCCCAGGACUCGUUCACUGUUAGAGGAUUGAUCGAAUUCGACUGCAAGAGAGUGAUUGCUUCGACCAAGUCGUCGCAACUGAAGUACGACUUUGUCUGCUCGUAUGUGGACAGUGAGAAGACCAAGAGAGAGGCUUCCACCAAGAUUGAAGUCAACCCCACUGGAGUUAUCUACAGUGUGAAAAUCCCAGACCACACCCUGGCCAGCAUGGUGGUGAAGAGGAAAUCAAGCGGAAACGACUACACUUACACCGGCGAAUACGAAUUCCUCGGCCAGAAGUACUCUGAAAGCGUCGAAAUCAAGAACCACAACACGCUCAAGUACUACUUCAUCUUCGACAAGACCGGCAAGAACAAGAAAUUCGAGGCAGAGUUGGGCUAUGCUAUGGGACAAAUUGCCGAGUUCAAGAACUCGUUCGCUGGAAAGGAGUUGGGUCAUCUGCAGGUGUCUCUCAACGAGGGUGACUUCUUGAAGUCCAAGUACAACUACAACACUAACAACCUUAAGGAGUUCGUUGGUUUCAUCCGCGAAGACUACGUGGCUAACGUGAAGAAGUUCUCGAAGAUAUUCCAGACGGCCAUCGAGAAAUCGGGCAAGGAAAUUGUGCACAAAAUCGAGGUGGUCCAGAAGGCCCUUCCCGACUUUGCGCCGGUUGUCAAGAAGUACACCGAGGAGAUAAAGGCACUCAGAGAGGAAGUCGUCAACGAAAAGAGCAUUCAGGAGGCUGCUGAUUACAUCAAGGGAGUCCUAAGCGUAGUCCUGGAACAGUUUGUGGUUAUCCUUGAGGAGGUUGCGAAGGUGACCGAAUCCUUGUUGGCCGUCUUCAACGAAGCUGCCACCAAGUUGAAGGAUGCCCUGAAACGAGUCAUGCCAAUCCUCAGCGACAGCUAUGAGAAAAUCACUAAGAUCUUCAUCAAUGUGCUCGAGGAGUACCUGAAAUUCUCUGUGGAGGUGAUCAGCUACGCCCUGGACAAGAUCAAGGAACACGAGGAAGAAAUCCAGGUGAUCGUCUCGGCUGUGACCGAGUUCGCCUCAGAAAUCGGUCAGCUUGCCGCCAAGGCUUUCGUGCAGAUCAAGGCCCAAGUCAAGGACUUUGUCGAGCUGUUCGUCGAACAGGUUAAGGCGCUCCCGGUGUUCGCCAUGAUUAAGGAGAAGUACGAAGACCUCUCCAAGAACGGAAUCCCUGAAGAGUUCUGGACCGAGUACCAUGACGCUGUAAACCAGAUCAAGGAGAUCGCUCCCACUACGGAAUUGGGUCAGUUCUUGACUACUGCUGCCACCUAUAUCGAGAAGCUGUUGAGGAACGAGAAGGUGGACAACUUUGAGACGUUGAAGACACUCUACAAGGAGUUUGUGGCUGCGAUUAACUCAGUGGUCGCCUAUGUACAGAACCACAUCCCACAAGAUCGUCUCGUGAAACCGGUAUUCACAUACAUUCCUCUCCCUGUAGUUUCCAUGAAGAUCCCCAAGGGCGCCCUGAGGUUGAGCCCCCUCAACUGGCUGCGUUCCCCAGAUAUACCGUCGAUUGCUGAAGUUUUCUACACCUACAAACCAUCUUUGAACCCCCAUAAUUACAUCCCUCCGUUCUCGGGUCGUGCCUACCUGGUGGGAGGUACUGAUUUCUUCACCUUCGACAAGUCUCAUGUGCAGUUCAAGGGUGACGGCCACUAUGUGUUGGCCCAGGACUUUGUUGAUGGCAACUUCACGAUUUCGGCCAAGAUCAAGGGUGGAAAGCUGGAGGGUGUGGUGCUGAGCGAUAGGGUGGACAGUGUUGAGCUGACUAACAAGGAGACGGUGAGUUGUUUGUUCAAAAUUUGUGUUUUGUUUAUUCGUUGGAAAAUAAUAUAUUCCCACCAAUAUUUAUCAUAUUUGUUUCGGGUUGUGUUUGUUUGUAAUGCAACAGGUAAGCUGGCCACUCAGACAGGUGAGUUUGUGAAUGCCUACUCUCUGGAUGGUGGAAAGGUGAGCGUAGCCGAUGUCGCCGACACACCCAACCCAACCUGCACUGCCUUCUUCGGUGGAGAUUCCUCCCUCAGCGACUGUUACCCGUACGUGCGUCCUGCGUCGUUCAAGAAGGCAUGCAACUUUGUGACGUCAUCGGGUGGAGAUGCCUGUGAUGUGGCCUAUGCCUACCAUGCUGCCUGCCACGAUGCCAACUCCAAGGUCGCCGUGCCUGAUCAGUGCAUGAAAUGCAAGGUUGGUGGAAAGACCAUCUCCGCAGAACAUCAGGAGACGGCAACCGUGACUGUACCCUCUACGUCGGCCGACAUUGUGUUGGUUGUACAACAGGUCGAGCAGAACGAGGAGGUGUUUAACAAGCUGGUUGUGCCCCUGGUCGCAUCUCUCAAGAAGGACUUCAAGGAUAAGGGAAUUACUGACGUACACUUCUCUCUGAUUGGCUUCGGAGCGCCGGGCAUGCAAUGGCCGCAGCACUACACCACCAACGGCAAAAUCGACUUCUCCGGCAAGAGCAGCAUCUACUUCUCCAAGAAGGACUCUGCUCCCAAGGAGGCCACAGCUGACGAACACGACAAGUACAUGCAGAAGUUGAAGGCUUUCAAGCACAAUCUGGAGCUGGAGUUCGGUAUGAGCCAGAUGGCGAUUGCUUUCAAGGAGGCCAGAGACUACCCAUUCAGACCCGACGCUGUCAAAUCGAUUAUUGGAGUUUUGGCCGCUCCCUGUGAACGAAGCUUUAUGCCAAUCUCUCUGCAGCACGCUAGAGCUAUUGGACAUGCGAUCUUCUUCAAGUUGCACGGCGUGCAGUUCCAUGUUAUCACUCAGGUGCAGAACCUCGAAUACUCAGACAAGGAGCAGGCUAUCGUUCCAAGCGUUGUUGCCUUCAACAACGAGAACAUCUACUUGUUGACUGAUAAGAAGAAGCCAGCUAACGACUUGAACGCAUACGGUCUCACCUAUGGCAAGGACAUGUGUGUUACCUUCACUACACUUAACGGAGGAACCGUUUUCAACUCUGCCAACUUUGUCGGUGCUAAGCCAGAUGCGCAGAAGCAAUUCUUGCAAGUGACGUCAUCAACCCUGGUCGACCAGUUGACCUCGAAACAGCUGACUAUCGAAGUCAUUUGCGAUCAGUGGGAGGGAUUCCCGUUCAGCAACGGCUUUGUUGAGGCAUCUAGCGAAGAGAAAUCAUCAUAGGCUGGGACAAGAGUCAUUUUCAUCUUCUUAUCAACAACUAAAGACGAGGAACGAUAGCAUUUACAUCACCUAUUAUCACUCUUUCCUAUUCUGGAAAUUAAUAUUUUAUCGUUCGUGACUCUUCCUGUCUAUUGUCAUGAUAUAUUUAUUAUAAGUUUCCGUCGUGUGUAAAUAAUAUAAUCAAUAAAGAAUGUAGAAGUGGCAAACAAAUUACCGAUACAUUAGCAAGUUUGACGAAUUGUUAGUUUAUAAUAGGCUAGUAUUAAUAUAUAUUUCAAUUGAUUCAAGCAUGAAGCAAAAACCGGUUCUGAUGUGUCCGUCAAAUUAAGAUGAGAGAUUAUACUUAAAUUGUUUAGAAAUCGGAAAGUUGAUGUACGAGAGAGAAAGAGAAUCUUACAGCACUUGUGAGCUCGUGAAAAUUUUAGAAAAUAGUGUGAAAAACUAAGUUGUGUCAUCUUUCGACGAUAAUUCAAAUCUUCAUAGCCAAAGAAAUAUUUAUAAAACAACAAAAAUCUUGGAAUCUUUACAUGAGCUUCGUUCUUGUUGCUGGGAGAUAUAGAAAAAAGCAAAGCAAUAAUAUUAUAACAUUAAAUUUUUAUAAAACAAAACUUUGCAAAUAUUCCAAAUUUAUAAAGUUUAUAAUCAUAUACAACAUUCGAAUACUGUUUAUAACGCAAAAUAAUCGCAAAUUUAUAAAAUUGUAACUGAUAUUGUAAUUAUUUUGAAACUAUUAUGUAAAUUAUUUGAAAAAAAUACGAGAAUUAUAUAUUUGUAUUGUGGAUGUAUCUUGUCGAAUAAAUUAUUGUAUGAAGUUUCCACAAAUAUUUUAUGACUAUGUUUAUUUCUCAGCCAAUUCAAAUCAAAUUAUUAAACUUUUCUGGUGAAACUUGAUCAAUAUCGUAUCCUUAGAGAAACUAUAUUAUUUUCUCUCUAGAGAUUUUUGCCUCGAACUUGGCAAACUUAUGUUUUUUAUGUGAGGAACAUGAAUCUGUAUGCAGAUUUUCAAAAUAAACUUA